AUGGCGGAGAAGAAUACCUCGCCAGAAGAGUACCAGGAGCUUGGUCGCAGAUACUACAGGCUGAAACAAUAUGAGAAGGCGAUUGAGGUCCUGUCGCAAGGCAUCAACACUUCACCCACGCUUGGUCUGUAUGACCAUCGUGCGGCGACUUACGAUAAACUCAAUGAGUUUAGUGCUGCGGUCAAGGAUGGCAGAGCAAUGAUUAUGAUGAAUAAGAAGGCAGUAACAGGCUACUUGCGCACGGCAAGCGCCCUGGAAAAGAUGGAGAAGCCAGAGACCGCGCUUGGAAUUUAUAAGUAUGGAAUGAAGAACGUUCCCACGGAUGACCAAAACUUCAAAGUCCUUCAACAAUUGCACGACAGACUCACUCGCAAGCUCUCGCCAGCCACAGCUAGGGACCCAUUAACGGUUAUUCCUAUUGAAUUGGCCGAAAUGAUAUUAGAAUACCUCUCGUUCCGCCAGAUGGUCAACUGUAUGCGCGUCAGCCGUGGUUGGAGGGACUACCUUUCACAUAUGUCUAAACUUUGGAUGCACCUCGACCUCUCCGGCGCUCGCAGACCUGUACCUCGUUCCUUCGUUGCAGCAGCUGUAAAACGCUCUGACUCACGUUUGACCCGUCUCACAAUACACCGAUUCGAGCAUACCGAUAUGCUCACGAGACUAGCAAAAGUUUGUAAGAGCCUCACCGAGCUCGAGAUUAUCACUUUACCUUAUAACAUGGCGACGACGUUUGUCGACAUCGCCAAGUGUUCCACAUCCUUGAGGAAAUACAUUAUUCAUCCAGAGAUCAAAGUGGACACGGCGCAGCAGAUCCUACAGUAUCGUCCAGAGCUUCAUCACGUCGCCUUCAACAAAGUACACUUGCCAACUAGAUUGGGUGGGAACUGGCCCGACUGGCAAACGCCAGCACUCGAAUCGCUAUCCUUGACGCAUGUAUUGCACGCAUUGAUCGGCGGAGACCCCACACCCCUAGACUUACCACUAAAAAGCCUUGUCCUGAACCAGGUUAUGCUCGUUCACUUCCCCUCGAUACCUCCCACCGUGCAGCGCCUAGUGAUCAAUCUCGCACUCCUCCGGCAAUUUCCAACCCUGGAGCUACUCGCAUGCAGACUACCCGCACUCUCCCACCUCACAAUAACUGAACUCCAAGCCCUCUCAGGUGAAACACUAGAGAGCCUGCUCGACCUAUACGCCGACGCCUCGUACACUAUCCACCAACUCCCCAACGCCAUACCCCUACAAUCCCUGACUCUCCGUGGCCUCCUCGACCCAAGCCACGCCCACCACGGGCUCUUCAAAACCCGCCAAAGCCUCUUUACGCAAUCUCGCCGCAUCCUCACCAAGUCGCUACAAUCACUCGAUAUAUCCACCAUGCCGUGCGACGACGACGAAAUUGCGGGUCUGCUCACACACGACACGGGCCUUGAGACGAUCAAUCUCUCGCACACGAAUAUCAGCGGUGCAAGCAUCAAGAUGUUGGCAGAUGGCCUGCCCACGCUGCGAUCUAUCCAUGCGGAUGGGUGCCGAAGGAUUAAUGGGAGAGAGGCAAUUGCGUAUGCGGAGCGGAAGGGCAUUGCGGUGAGUUAUCGGAUGGAGGAGGGGAAAGGUGGACGCAAAGUUAGGUAUGGGUAG